AACAAGUAUCAGCUGUGUGGCAGUCAUUGUUCAUCGUGUACGUCUCUUGGCAGAGAAGCAAGAAUCCUGUCGUUUUUUUGCUCACCGUUAAGGAGAGACACGCACUCACACAUAUAUCGCAAUAUAUAUAUUUAUCUUUCUCUUUCCAACUCAACUAUUCCGUAGUAUUGAGAACGAGAGCUUGUUUCAUCGAAAAAAACAUAUUUAGUGUUUCGUGAGAAGAGAAUUUUGACGCUAGAAGCGUUUAUACGCGAGUGCGUGUUCGUGUGCGAAAGCGAGUGAGGCUUACAGAAGAGAGAGAGGGAGAGAGAGAGAGAGAAAGAGGAACGGAAAAGGAGAGUGAGAAGAAAAAAACAUUGAAUAAAUAUCUACCAGUGUUGAUGAGAACGAAGGAGAUAGAGAUAGAGUGAGUGAGAAAGCGUAGAACGCUCCGGGUGGGGAAGAGAGAGAGAGAGAAGAGAGAAAGAGAAAGAAAGAAAACGAGAAAUAGCGAGCAAGAAUCACGGACGAGAGCACACAGGAGUGUAAACGUUUCGACGAAAAGUGGAGGGGUCGGGGCGAAGGGGCACGGAAAAAAUAUCCGAGGCCGGUGCCCCACCAACGCGAUUUAAUCACGUCGCGGCCACGGGGGGAAGAAGAAAAAAGUAAGACAAUAAUCGUGUGAAAAACGGGGCGGUACGCGCAUAAGCCUGGCCUCGAGCGGCGAGUCGGACGACGGUGGACUCGCUCCGCCACCGCGCAAAAGGUCCCGUAGUUCACUCCCGACUACCCUAAGACCAGCGGACGAGUACCAUACCGACGCAGCAGGGAUGGAGAAUUAUCGAGUGAUGCAGCAAGCGUCCAAUGGAGCGCCCAUCUCUGCGGGACCGCAACAAAACGGCGCAACUUCCGAAGGCGGAGGCAAUCAUUCGAACGGAAAUUCUCUCUUGAGAUGUGACGGAGAUGUGAAUGGAGUCAAUGGCGAGAGUAACCAGGCUCCUGGACCUCCAAAAAUUAUGGACAAGACUAAUCAGGAUAUUGUUAGACUCAUCGGACAACACUUGAAGACGGUUGGACUUGAUCGAACAGCUGAUCAGCUAAUGCAAGAAUCCGGCUGUCGUCUGGAUCAUCCAGCAGCUGCAAAAUUCCGACAACACGUCAUGGACGGAGAUUGGAACAAGGCAGAUCAUGAUCUCAACGAACUCAAGUCUUUCCUCAACGGUGCUAAUCAGAGUCUUGUGGAAAUGAAAUUUUUGCUACUGGAGCAAAAAUAUCUGGAGUAUCUCGAGGAAGGGCUCGUGCUUGAGGCCCUCCAAGUACUUCGAAAUGAACUAACGCCCCUCGGGCACAAUACUGGUCGGGUUCAUCAACUGUCCGCUUUUAUGAUGUGCAGCGGACGCGACGAGCUUCAGACACGCGCCGGCUGGGACGGCAAAGGUUCGGCUUCGAGAGCCGCACUUAUGGACCGACUACAAAGAUAUUUACCACCUUCGAUAAUGCUACCACCACGGCGCCUUCGCUCACUCCUCUGUCAGGCAGUUGAGAUGCAAAAUCAACAAUGCACGUAUCACAUUACGCAUACACAGCAAUCGACUCUGGAGAAUGUUUCUCUGCUCGUUGAUCACACCUGCAGCAAAGAACAAUUUCCUUGCUACACAACCCAAGUGCUCAACGACCAUUGCGACGAAGUUUGGUACUGUAAGUUCUCACCAGACGGUUUAAAACUUGCCACGGGCUCGAAAGACAUGACCGUUAUCAUUUGGGACGUUGAUCCUGAAACACUUAGAGUAACGCACAGGAAAACUCUAGAAGGUCACACAUACGGCGUUGCGUUAAUCGCGUGGAGCCCGGACAGCAGUCAUUUGAUUGCUUGCGGCCCAGAAGAUUGUCCAGAGCUCUGGCUAUGGAGCGUCGACACUCCGGACUGCGAGCUCCGAGUCAAACUGACCCAAAGCACCGAAGAUUCGCUCACCGCCUGUGCAUGGCACCGUGAUGCAAAUAAAUUUGUAACAGGCGGUCUGCGUGGACAAUUUUACCAAUGUGACAUGGACGGCAAUGUGCUUGAUUCGUGGGAAGGCGUUAGGGUCAAGUGUUUGUGGUGUCGUAGCGACGGCAAAACCGUUCUUGCUGCUGACUCUCAUCACCGUAUUCGUAGUUACAAUUUUGACGAGUUGUGCGAUUUCACAAUAUUGCAAGAGGACCAUCCGGUCAUGUCGUUCAGCGUCAACAAAGCCGAUCGUCUCGCUCUUCUCAACGUUGCUAAUCAAGGUGUUCAUCUCUGGGACUUACAGGACAGAUGCCUCGUGAGACGUUUCCAGGGGGUGACUCAGGGACAUUUUACGAUUCACAGUUGUUUCGGUGGUGUCAAUCAAGAUUUCAUUGCGUCCGGAAGUGAAGACAACAAAGUUUACGUUUGGCACAUAAAGCGUGAAUUGCCAAUAGCGACAUUAACGGGUCACAGCAGAACGGUUAAUUGCGUCUCAUGGAAUCCGGUAUAUCACCAGAUGAUGGCAUCGGUAUCGGACGAUUGUAGCGUACGGAUAUGGGGACCAAGAUCUGCCUCGCCGGAACGAGUCGACAAUGCUAAGACUGCAUCCCCCGAGAGCAACUCUUCAAAUGGUAGUGGUUGGCACGAAAUGGUGUCGUAGCGAACUACAGUUCAUCAGUACUCCCAUGACCCAAUGGUGUUCAAAAGACUGUCCUGUUGACCAUCUCUCGCGUUCAUUCUCUCAUGCCCGAUCUUAAGAGAAAACGCAUUGAAACGAAACGAAAAAAAAUAAGAAAAAAGAAAACAAAAGCUAAAACAAAGCGGAAAGAUCGAGAACGAAAGUGGAAAAAAUAUGAAAUAGGAUGCUCAUGAAAUGAAAGGAAAAAUAUGCUGAUGGAAACAAAAACGAGCUAAACGAUGAAAUGCUCUUACGAGAAACGAGGCAAAGAAUAACAAGUAAUUUGAUGAUACUUUGUACGCGAUCUGUCGCAAGAUUUAAGGCAUCUUGAUGCCUUGUACCUUUGUUGUUAUUCAAACCUGUUUGCAUUUCGUGUUAUCGACACGAACACCUCGGGCACAAUUCUGUUUUUUUUUCGCCCUUGAUUGCCAAUGACGAUAGAAUCUCUCGCAUUUUCUCCUUCGAUACGCAACACCCGGACACAUUUUCUCUCUCUCUCUCUCUCUCUCUCUCUCUCUCUCUCUCUCCCUCUUUUGCUAUCUCUGCGAAUGCUGGAGUUGGACAUGUUUUACAAUUGUUUUUACGAAACCAACAUUUUUCUAUUACAAGAAUUCGGUAAUUGGAGAUAUGAAUGAAAUUUUUCGUGAAUUCGGACAUUAUUUCGAUUUCCUUAUUGACAUUGAUUGAAUACAAGAAAAGUAGUACUGAAAAAUAAAUUAAUACAAUGUUUUUUUAGAAAUUGUAUGCUCUUGUGAAACAAAUUCGCUGGUGUUCGCCCAAACAUACUUAGUUUAUUAUCGCAUUUUCUUGUUUCAAAAUUCUAAACGAAUUUUCAAAAAUGCAAUAUUCAAGAAGCUCAUUCGUUUCAUGACUUGAAAAUUUUUCAAGUCCGAUCGAUUUUAUACAAAAAUGUAUAAAGCAUUCACGAUUUUUAGGAUUACAAAAUACAUAUUAAAAAGCUAAGAAACUCCAUGAAAAAUUCGAGCCUAUUCGAAAAGAAUCGAAAAGUUGAGUUCGUCAAAAAUUUUUCCAAUAAUUUGUCAGGGAAUUAUGAUUAUUAUUUUUUUCAAUAAUAAAUUCGUACGUCUCUACAUUCGUACUGUCGAAUCGAUAGUGUUGAAAAUAUUGAAAAUGUCGAAGCGUCGAAAUUCUUAUUUCAGUAACGAUUCCUCGGGUCAUUUUAUUUGUAUCGGAUAAAAUUCUUUUAUUAUUUCUUCCUCGUUACUUUUUUCGCGACUUUUGAGUAAUGGUGAAUAGGGGAAUCUUGAAUUUGCCAUUUAAUCGGAAGCAGAAAGAGCAUAAUAAGCGAUAACCGAGAUAGUAUAAGACGAAAUAGAAGAUAACCCAAAACUCAUUCAUAGCAUUCGAAGUUCUAAGCGUAAGUGUAGAAAAAAACGGUUAUAAAAAUUCUACGGACCGGGCAAGUAUUUUGGGCUGGAAGGAAAAAACUUUGAGAAUAAACGGAAAAGGUUGGUGGAAAAUAGGAGGAAAAAAAACGAGCAAGAGGAGCAACGUAAAACAUGUGGAGUCGUGUGAACGUGCGAUCGAAGCGUUGGAGAGAGAAAAAGAAACACCAAAGCAUUGAAUUUGUUUUUGUGCCAAUCGAUAAAAAUUGAGUACAAAAAGAAAAACACACUUUACAGCUCGAACGAACGACAAGUGUUCAGGGGCGGCAGAGCAUCGAUCGGGCAAGGCACUAAGCAAAGAAAUGAACGAACGUGAGAAAAAGAGACAAAAGGCAAUUCUAAAACCGGGACAAAAAAUAUCACUUUUUUUUUGGUUUUUUAAGCGAAUUUUUUGAAAACAAAAGUACGCGUGAGAGAAGAUUUUUUAGAUAUUAAAUAUAAAAAGAAAAAAAAAACAGCAACAACAACAAAAAAACGAAAAAAAUCCAGUUGCAAUUCGAUCGGGACGAAAAUCAAUCAACGAGUUUUUGUUUUGCUUGUGAGAUACGGAGAAUAAUAAUAAAAAAUGAAUUAUUUGAAAGAAAUAAUUAUCGCUAAUACGGAAAAUCUAGGUUUUAUUUAAAAUUGUAUAAUUCAGCUAUUUUAUAUGACGGGUGAGCAUACUUAACGUUGUGAAGGAAACGAGGGGCAAAUAGAGAAGCAGAAGAAAAAGAAGAAGAAGAUAAAUAAGAAAUAACGAAACGAAAUGCUAUUACAAACGUUACCUCUUUCUUAUUAACUGCCAUAUUUUCUAUCAAUAUUCAAAGAAACAAGACGCAAAAACGUCUCGCUUUGAGAAUGAUGAAGAAUGAAAAUUUAAGCGAAAUAAAAUUGCGCGCGUUCAAAUAGAGAAGCAUUGCAAAAUAAAAAUGUGUUUCAUACAAUUUCUUGUAAUGCCGCCUAGUAAAUGAAAAGUGAAAUAAAACUCAAAUACACGAACACACAAAAAAAGAUAAUAUAUAUUUUUUGUUCUCGUUUUUUACAAACACAUUGAGGGCGUCGUAAACGAUAGAAAAUUGAAAUGUAAAACCGAAAUAAUUGAACGCGAAUGAAUAAUACGAACGAAAAUACCUUCUUCCCGAUCGUUUGAAAAUCGUAUUUUAUGCUAGAAAUAUAAUGAAACAAUUUUGAAAAAGGCGUUCUUUUUGAUCGUUUGAAAAUUGUAUUUUGUGCUAUAAAAUAAUGAAAUAAAAAUGGAAUAAAUCGGAUCAUUAAAUUUUCGUACCACGACAAGCAGUGGCAGUUAAUGGGAUAAGAAUAUAUAUAUGUCGGAAUGGAUUACGGAACAAACGAAACAAAUACGAUGUUUUCAUAUGUGAAAUAGUUAGCAAUAGCUCGAAGUUUCAUGAUAACGAGGAGUGGAGUGAAAAAAAAAUUAAUAAAUAAAUAAAGUGUAUAUGUACAGAUGAGUUUUCAAUAAAUUACACUAGAAAUCACAAAA